AUGGUGACCCGGGACCGAGCGGAGAGCAGGGAGAGCCCCAAGAUGCUGAAGCCGCUGAUCGAAAAGCGGCGCCGGGAUCGGAUCAACCGGAGCCUCGAGGAGCUGAGACUGCUGCUGCUGGAGCGGACCCGCGACCAGAACCUCCGGAAUCCCAAACUGGAGAAGGCGGAGAUCCUGGAGUUCGCCGUGGGCUACCUGAGGCAGCGGAGCCGGGCCGAGCCCCUGGGCGCCUCGGCCCGGCCCGCGCAGGACCCGGAGACCCUGAGCAGCUGCUACCUGUCGGGGUUCCGCGAGUGCCUCCUCCGCAUGGUCACCUACAUCCAGGACUCCAGCCCCUCGGCCCGCGGACAGCUCCUCACCACCCUCCACGGCUACCUGCACCCCAAGGCCCAGCGGCCGGAGCCCACCCGGGACCCCCGGGCCCAGCUGGACCCGACCGCCCCCAGCCCCCACUCGGCCUGCUCCCCCCCCAGCACCCCCCGGAGGGACCCCGCCGACCGGGCGCCCAACACAGGACUGGGCCCGGCCCAUAGACAGGAGCGGGGGCCCGGGGGGAAGGCCCCGGCCGGACCCCCCACCGCCUUUUGGAGACCUUGGCCCUGA